CAUUUAUAAGUGAUCUGUCAUCUCCUGGAGCAACAGGCGUGGACCGAAGCGCUCGACUCUCCAACCUCAUCUCUAACUUCUCCACAAUCCCACGGGAGCUUUAAUCAUGGCCACAAACGACCAAGAAAAACCACACGAAAACAUAGAUAAACACCUAUAUGAGACUCCGUAUGACGCCGUAGCGCCCGACCCGGAGCCGAUAUAUGAGAAUCAAAGUGCGAUAGAGGAGUGCGCCGCGCAAUCGACCUCUCCAGAAUACAUGGACACGAGAGAAGCCACUCAAGAAAAAGAAAGACACCCUUCACCAUCCGAUGAACAAGAUGAGAAAGUUGAAGACUACCAGGAUGAGAAAGUUGAAGAGCACAUCUAUGAAAAAGUUGAAGAGGACACGGAUGACAAAGUUGAAGAGCGCAUGGAUGAGAAAGUUGAAGACCACACAGAUGAGGAACCUGUAGAGGCUUCUCUAUUCAAUGGGGAUGAAAACGAGUACAGGCGGUCAUUUUCUUCAGAGGACACUUGUGACCCAUACGAAGACAAACCUUUAUUGGUCACAGAUGACCUGCUCAUGGCAUACAGUCUUCAGGAGGAGGACGUAUCUUCAGAACCUGAGGAGAUAGUUGACUACAGUCUGAAAACCAUUGAGGACAACCCUGUGGAGGAGGUCACGACGGUUUCAGACCCUGACCAGCCAGAGGUUGCGCUUUAUGUCAAGGCUGGUUGUGAUGGAGAGAGCAUUGGGAACUGUCCUUUCUCUCAGCGUAUCUUCAUGAUCCUUUGGCUCAAAGGUGUGGUCUUCAAUGUCACCACUGUUGACCUGAAGAGGAAACCAGCCGAUUUGCAUAAUCUGGCCCCAGGCACACAUCCGCCAUUCCUGACCUACAACGGUGAGGUGAAGACAGACAUUAACAAGAUCGAAGAGUUCCUGGAGGAGGUUUUGGCUCCGCCAAAGUACCCCAAACUUGCAGCCAGACACAGGGAGUCAAACACAGCUGGGAAUGACAUAUUUGCAAAGUUCUCGGCUUUCAUAAAAAAUACAAAGCCAGAUGCCAAUAUAGCUCUGGAGAAGGCUCUGACAAAAGCCCUGAAGAAGCUGGAUGAAUAUCUGAACAGUCCUCUGCCUGAUGAGAUCGAUGCCGACAGCACAGAAGAAGAGGAGCAAAGCUCCAGCCGCAGGUUCCUGGAUGGCAACGAACUCACGCUGGCAGAUUGCAACCUGCUGCCGAAACUGCACAUAGUGAAGGUCGUUGCCAAGAAAUAUCGGAACUACGACAUCCCUAGCGAUUUGACCGGCGUGUGGCGCUACUUGAACAGCGCGUACGCACAGGAGGAGUUCACCAACACGUGUGCGGCUGACAGUGAGAUCGAAUUAGCAUAUAAAGAUGUGGCUAAGAGGCUGGCCAAAUAAAUAAAUGAACAGCAAAACACAACCUGACCUGUGGUAUGGUUAUCCGACAAGACUCUGUUUGCCAUGUAAUUCAAAACAAAUAAGUUAUUACAUCAUUCAUUCAAGGCCCUGAUCCGUCACUGGUGCUUAAAUCUGGUAUUGAAAGGCCACGUCGUAAGUCUUGUUUGUCCAGUGACUCGGAUGUGAAUCUAAAAUACCAAUCUAGACUGUCAAUAUUUUCCCAAGUGUCUCGAUUUAAAGAGGCGCACUUCAUAUUUUUCCCAAUAUAUCUUCCUGUUUUAUUCCCAUUCUCCUAUUAUUACAUCAUUUGUGUAAUUGUUUUUAUCAGUCAUACAUUGAACAUGCUUAGCUUUAGUCUUCCCUUAAAAUCUAGCUUUCGCUGCUCAGUCUGACAGUUUAUUUGCUUUCAGUUGCAUCAAUUUUUGUGUGUGUAAUAAAUUAAGAGAUCAAAUCUGAGCAGCAGGAACAAAAAAAUAAACGCAAGUCAUUAUUUACA